AUGUAAUCUUCAAAUAACGAUUCAAUGUGUUAAAGUUUAUUUUACAUCUUAACUUAGAAUGCUCAUAUCGUUGUUCGUCUUGUACUAUAAAGCCUGAGAAUUGUACAACAUGUCCUGAGUAUUCUGAACGUGACUUAAGGACUGACAAUUCUUGUUAAUGUCCAGCUAAUUUUUAUGAUCAACUUGGCAACCCCAUUUGCAUAAGUAUAUUUUAAAUGUAAUUUUAGGGUGUCAUAGUACUUGUUAAACAUGUGAAGGGUCAAAAAGUAAUUAAUGUACGUCUUGUGUUUCUUUAAGCAAAAGAAAAUUAAACUCUAUUGGUGAAUGCAAUUGCCCAAUUUCAUACUUUGAUAUAGGGAUACAAGAGUGCUAAAGUAUAUACUAAAUCAUUAUAUAAAUAGUUUGUAGCAGCGAUUGUCUAUAUGUAAUUUAAAUAAUUUUAGUAUGUUGCUAUAUAAUAAUUAAAUAAAUAAAUACUGUUCUAACUCAAUUUAGUGUAGAAUGUUCUAUUACUUCAACAAAUUGUACCUCAUGUAGUCCAGAUAGAUAUUAACUCUUAAACAGUUGUUUAUGUAAAACAAAACUUUAAGGCAGCUAUUUAACUACAUAUUCAGCGACAUUGAAAAGUCGUUGUUAAAGUAAAUUAAGCUGAUUUAUUCUCAGGCUGCCACUCUAGUUGUCUAUCAUGUAAUGGUCCAUUAGCAAACCAAUGUUUGACUUGUUUGAACUCAGAAUCAAGAAUUUUAGUUGCUACAAGUUGUGUAUGCACAGAAAAUACCUUUGAUAUUAAUGUCCCUAAUUGUCAAAGUAAUUUAUUCCUUCAUCAUUUUAAGAAUGUGAUUAUCGAUGUGAAGGAUGUACGACAUUACGUACUAAAUGUAAGGCUUGCCCAUCAUCAAGCUCAAGGAUUUUUACAGUAAAAAUAUUUUCAUUUUUGAUUUUUGUUAAAAUAGCUUGUAGAAUAUUGUAAUUUCCCUAUUAUAAAUUGAAAAAUAAAUUUUAAAAUAUUUUCCUUCAUAUAUAAUCCUUUAAUCUCUUCUUGUGA